GCGGUAACAAAAACAUGAAACUCGGCGAGAUUGAAUUUUUUAGAGAAACUCACUGCACACUUUUAUUCUUUUUAUUGCCUUUGCUUGUGAAGUUGGCUUCGUUUUCUGCAAUUCCCAUUCCUCAAAGCCAAACUCUCCUUCAUCCCAAAAACUAACACAAAAUCAAGAGAGAAAAAAAAGCCUAAAACAAAACAACAUAUUAUUUAUUACAGUUUUUAAUUUGUUUUGUCCCUUCUCUUUUUCGAUCGGAUCUGAGGGCUCUUCAGAAUUGCAGAAAGCCAAAUCAAAGUAACAUCACUUUCUGGGAGUGUGGUUUUUUCUUGUUUCUUAGCGAUGGAAGAAGGUUUAUUUCUUUGCAAUUGCAUUGCCGUUUUGUUCCUUUGAUCAGGUUUCUUCUUGCUCUACGCAUACCCUUUUGCUGCUUUCUUUGUGGGGUGGUCUUCAAUUACUGUUCUUGUAGUAUAAUCAAAGAAAAAACUGAACUUUGCUUCUCAAGGAUAGUAAAAGCAAAAACUUUAACUUGCGCUGUUGAUACAAUUAAUUAAGAAUUUCUUGAUGGAGUCACUUGUUGACGACAGAGUUGAGUCUUUAUCAGAGGUUAAAAGUUCAGUUUCUGGCAUAAAUCACAAUCCUCCUUCAACGUCUCAGCUACCUGUAAGAGCAUCUAGAAAUCAAGGGCCUUCUUCCAAUCAUCAAAAUCAUGGAAGGUUGAAGGAUUCAUAUCACGAGGAUGACGAUGUGGACUACAAAGGAUCGACUAAAAUGGAGAAGCAAUAUUAUAACCCUAAUGGUAAAUCUGACUAUGUGAGCCAAACUGAAACAUUUGAAAGUUGUUUGGCAAAGAAUAUUUCCACAAUCGAAACAAAACUGUGCAUCUAUGAUUCCAAGAAUCACAAUUCCAGUGAUAUAUUAGAAUCUGACGAUUCCAUAACAAAAGGAGUUGUUGAUCAGACAAACACAGAGAUUACAUUUUGCUCAAGUCCUCAGAGCAGUUUAUAUUCUACCACCGUCUAUUCAGAAGCCAAAGAAAGUUUCACCAACACUGGAAUCAAUGAAUGUGUUAGUGUUGAUAAGUCGGUCGAAAGCGGAGGAGAGGUUACUAAUUCGUGUGAAUUUAAUGAGAGCAGGAAGACCAGCAUCUGUAGAGGGAGUACCGGAAGUGAUGUUAGUGAUGAGAGCAGCAUUAGUAAUUUGAGCAGUUCUUUGUAUAAACCUCACAAGGCAAACGAUAUAAGAUGGGAAUCGAUUCAAGCGAUCCGAGUUCGGGACGGGGGAUUGGAAAUGAAACAUUUCAGGUUGUUGAAGAAAUUGGGAUGUGGAGAUAUAGGAAGUGUAUAUCUAGCAGAGUUAAGCAGCACAAAGACUUGUUUUGCAAUGAAAGUAAUGAACAAGACAGAACUGGCGAAUCGAAAGAAGCUUCCGAGGGCUCAGACCGAGAGGGAGAUAUUGCAGUCAUUAGAUCAUCCGUUUCUACCCUCGUUAUAUACACAUUUUGAGACAGAGUCCUUCUCUUGCUUGGUUAUGGAGUUUUGUCCCGGUGGCGAUCUCCAUGCGCUCCGACAAAGACAACCUGGGAAGUAUUUUUCCGAACAUGCUGCAAGGUUUUAUGUGGCAGAAGUUCUCCUCGCUUUGGAAUACUUGCACAUGCUCGGAAUCAUCUACAGAGAUCUCAAACCAGAGAACGUCUUAGUGAGAGAAGACGGUCACAUAAUGCUAUCAGAUUUUGAUCUCUCUCUAAGAUGUGCCGUUAGUCCAACUCUGGUAAAGUCGUCAAACUCUAGCUUGGAGACAAAAAGCUCAGGUUACUGCAUUCAACCUGCUUGCAUCGAACCAACGUGUGUAAUCAAGCCAAACUGCAUUCAACCUUCAUGUUUCACGCCUCGUUUUCUAUCAAGCAAAUCCAAGAAGAAAGAAAAGAAGUCGAAACCUAAGAACGACGUGCACAAUCAGGUGACGCCUCUCCCUGAGCUUAUUGCCGAGCCCUCAAAUGCUCGAUCAAUGUCCUUCGUGGGCACACACGAGUACUUGGCCCCCGAAAUCAUCAAAGGUGAAGGUCAUGGAAGUGCUGUAGACUGGUGGACAUUUGGGAUAUUCUUAUACGAGCUUUUAUUUGGUAGAACACCAUUCAAAGGAUCGGCAAAUCGAGCAACUCUAUUUAAUGUAGUCGGGCAGCCCUUAAGGUUUCCAGAAUCCCCUAGUGUCAGCUUUGCUGCACGGGACUUGAUCAGAGGUUUACUUGUAAAAGAGCCUCAGAACCGUCUUGCCUAUAGACGCGGAGCUACUGAGAUAAAACAACAUCCAUUCUUUCAUAAUAUUAACUGGGCUCUGAUCCGUUGCGCAACUCCACCAGAAGUGCCGAGACAGGCCAUGAAGGCACUCACAACUGAGAAGAAGGUGCCUGGAGUGAAGCCUUCCGGUAACUAUUUAGAUAUUGAUUUCUUUUGAUCCAUAUGCAUGUUUUCUCCUUUGAACUAAUUAAUCUCCAUCUUUUAUUUGUGUUGUUGUUGGUCCGGGGUUUUUUUCCAUUGUAUAAAAGAAUGCAACUCUUUUGUCUACUUCGAUCGAACGCUUGUAAGAAACUCCAAAUUGCUUUAAAUUGAUGAACAAAGUCUGUGGUCUAUUAAUUUAUUCUCAUUCCUUU